GCUUUCCUCACCUGGUUUAGCCGGCCGGUUGAAGCCGUUGCUUGAAGCCCUGUUGCAUGCUGACAGCUUCUGGAAGCCACAGGAUUUCCUUUCUGCCCACUCUGAAAAAGGUGAUGGAGAAGACAGAAUUGCAGGGGACAAGGCACCUUUCAUUUCAUUAGGAAUAGCCAUUAAAAUGUGUGAAAUGUGGAAUAUGCUUCACUGAAUGAGCACACAUAGUUCACAUCAACAAACACAAAAAGGAAAGAACCCAUUUAAAGGUAUGGAGUGCAGAAAGAGCUUCUGUUUCAAUGCAAAACUUAGAACACACCAGCGGACUCACACAGAGAGAAAAUGUUUUACGUGCAGGGAGUGUGGGAAGAACUUCAGUCAGAGUGGACACCUUAAAUUGCACAAACUGACUCACACCGGGGAGAAACCAUUUAAAUGUAUCGAGUGUGGAAAGAGCUUCCGUUGUAAUACAAGCCUUAGAUCACAUCAACGGACUCAUACAGGGGAGAAACCAUAUAAAUGUAUUGAGUGUGAAAAGAGUUUUAGCAAUAGUGGAAACCUUAGACAACAUCAACGGACCCACACAGGGGAGAAACCAUUUAAAUGCAUGGAGUGUGGAAAGAGCUUUAGUCAUAGUGAAAGCCUUAGAUCACAUCAACGGAAUCACACAGGAGAGAAACCAUUUAAAUGCAUAGAGUGUGGAAAGAGCUUUAGUCAGAGUGGACACCUUAGAAUACAUCAACGGACCCACACAGGGGAGAAACCAUUUGAAUGCAUGGAGUGCGGAAAGAGCUUUAAUGAAAGUGGAAGCCUUAGAAGACAUCAACGGAAUCACACAGGAGAGAAACCAUUUAAAUGCAUAGAGUGUGAAAAGAGUUUUAGCAAUAGUGGAAACCUAAGAAGACAUCAACGGACCCACACAGGGGAGAAACCAUUUAAAUGCAUGGAGUGUGGAAAGAGCUUUAGUGAUAGUGGAAGCCUUAGAUCACAUCAACGGAAUCACACAGGGGAGAAACCAUAUGAAUGUAUGGAGUGCAGAAAAGUCUUCAGUCAGAGUGGACACCUUAAAAUACAUCAACGGAAUCACACAGGGGAGAAACCAUAUGAAUGUAUGGAGUGCGGAAAAGUCUUCAGUCAGAGUGGACACCUUAAAAUACAUCAACGGAAUCACACAGGGGAGAAACCAUAUGAAUGUAUGGAGUGCAGAAAAGUCUUCAGUCGGAGUGGACACCUUAAAAUACAUCAACGGAAUCACACAGGGGAGAAACCAUAUGAAUGUAUGGAGUGCGGAAAAGUCUUCAGUCAGAGUGGACACCUUAGAAAACAUCAACGGACUCAUACAGGGGAGAAACCAUAUGAAUGCAUGGAGUGCGGAAAGAGCUUUAAUGAAAGUGGAAGCCUUAGAAGACAUCAACGGACUCAUACAGGGGAGAAACCAUAUAAAUGUAUCGAGUGUGGAAACAGCUUUAGUAAAAGUGGAAGCCUUAGACAACAUCAACGGACUCACACAGGGGAGAAACCAUAUGAAUGCAUGGAGUGCGGAAAGAGCUUUAAUGAAAGUGGAAGCCUUAGAAGACAUCAACGGACUCAUACAGGGGAGAAACCAUAUAAAUGCAUGGAGUGUGGAAAGGACUUCAGUAUGAGUUCACACCUUAGAUCACAUCAACGGACUCACACAGGGGAGAAACCAUUUAAAUGUGUGGAGUGUGGAAAAAGCUUUAGUGAUAGUGGAAGCCUUAGGAACCAUCAACGGACUCACACAGGGGAGAAACCAUUUAAAUGUGUGGAGUGUGGGAAGUGCUUCAGUCAGAGUGGAAAUCUUAGAAAACAUCAGCGGACACACACGGGAGAAACCAUUUAAAGGUAUAGACUGUGGAAGGAGCUUCAGUCAGAGUGGAAUCCUUGAUUUAUGUCAACAAACUCA